AUGAUUCUCAGAAGGCCGCUGAUAUCUCUUAACGACGAGAACCGGAUCAAUAGUAUAACUUGGCAUGAACACGAACUUGGACCUCCUCUGGUGAAUGAGAACAAUGUUGAAGAGUUCUAUCGGGCCUAUCAGCUUUUCGCCAGGGCUAUCAAUGACUUCCCUUACAGGAGAGUCAUACGUCUUCGGAAGGGUGAUAUGAUCUGCUUCAAUAACAGACGACUUGCUCAUUCAAGAAACGCAUUCACUGGAGAGGGUGAAAGACACUUACAGGGUUGUUACGUUAAUUCGGACGACUUCAAGAGCAAAUUGAUGUACCUAUCACACAAGUUGGACAAUGGUAGAGCUGUGUGCCAUGUUGGCAAUACUGACUGGACCUAA